AUGGGAAUUGAAGUCGCCGAGAACAAGGUGUCCACGAGGAACACCAGUCAGAACGCCAUUGAUGGCAGAGGGGGACUGGAAGCCCGCCGGGCAGUACACGUUAACUACAGCCACGGAUCUGUUAUCUCGGAGCGUAAGCUGAACUGCAAGGCACUCAAUGGCACAAAAUGCCCUGUACAAGAAGAUAGUACCUUUCGAAACGAGGGUAAUAAUUAUUUUACGCUUCGGUCCAAUGAAUGCCAAGAGACGGAGGAAGAAGAGGUAGAAGAAUCGCUCGCGCAGUUUUUCGUUCUCAGCUCUGCGCUGGUGUCUAGCAACGAUCCACUUAAAGGAACCAUACACUCAGGAACCACCACAAUGGACGGGCAAAGGUCGACUGCUGCGCAGAGCGGCGCCUGCAGCCCUGCUCUGGACACGUACUUGGGUCACCGACUGUCCCAAUGGGAGAGCUCCGGCUCCAUUAUAGAGAAGCUGGAAUAUGUGUCUGUCGACCGGCCAGCGUUCCAGGAUACCUCCCGAUCACGCAACCUAUCUUCGUGCGAACUCCCGGCAUCUGUGUCCAGGCUCUCUCCAACAACACAACAACCCAGAGAUUACUCCACAGGACAUGCGACAUAUUACGUCCUCAUCGCCCUCGUGAUAAUCGUGACCUUACUUUUUUUCCUAUAUUACCUAUUGCGUGACACGGGCAAAGAGGCGCACACCGUGAAGGCCAAGUGGGGCACCUACCGCGGAUUCAGGGAGGAGUUUGACGGACUGCCAGUAUUCACGUUUCUGGGCAUUCGCUUUGGCAAGAACACAACAGGGUCGCUCCGAUUCAAACGGCCGUAUGCAGUGGAGUACCUAGAUGACGUUCCAACCACCGACGCCACUCACCAGAAGUUGCCUUGUACUCAAGCGUCAAUGACGCCUUGGCUUGAGGAAGGUCGAACACCCAAGGAAACGUCAGAAGAUUGCCUUCAUUUGAAUCUCUGGACUCCAUCUUUGCCUGGAAGGAGCCAAGGGGGAAAGACUGUUUUGGUCUUCUUUUACGGUUACGCAUUUAAGUGGGGCUCCAAUCAGGACUACAAUGCGUCACCCUUGUGUGCCCUCGGCGAUGUCAUAGUGGUUGUGCCCAAUUAUCGGCUGCACGCUCUCGGAUUUCUUGGAGAUGGCUCAGACGACGCUCCAGGGAACGUGGCCUUGCACGACCAGCUCCUGGCUCUUGACUGGGUGCGUCAGAACAUUGUGUUCUUUGGUGGAAACACUUCAUCUAUUGUCCUGCAUGGCUAUGAGGCCGGUGCAGUGGCUAUUGGCUAUCACAUGGUGUCACCCGUGGAUACCUGGGUGAAGACUCUCUCCAGACUAAUUUUGCAAAGCGGUUCUCUGUACCGCCCGACGAAGAGAAAUGCAUACCCUUCAGAAGUAAUGGAAUUGCUCGGUUGUGCACGAGGUGGGUGGCCCUGUCUUCGGACUUUAAAAGAAGCCAUGUACAAGUCCCCUAGCAUCUACCAGAACAUGGACUUCGGGCCAUCAUUCAUGUUUCCAUACCUGCCGGAGAACCUUAGUAGCUUGAUCCGGAACCAUCCCCUAAGAGGAAAGCAGGUCCUGUUGGGAAACGUAUUGGACGAAGGCAGAUACCAAGUGGAACUACACCAGCAAGAGAUGAAAACUGUAAUGGACAUGGUCUCCGAUCCUCUGCUCACCCUCUUCGUGAACGAAGAAAUGAAAUCUGUGGGAGUGCGUGACUUCGAUUCCCUUCGCCGUCUCUACGCCAAUGACUCAGAGUGGAACAGAGAAGAUCAAGGAAACGAAGUCGCGAAGGUCAUCUACGCUGACGUUCUCUUCAACUGCCCUGUCCAGUACUUGGCUGAACAUCUGGCGUCUCACGGAAGCACUGCAUACAUGUACGUAUGGGCUCACAAACCAUCUUUUGGACCCUGGGCACGAGAUAGCUUUGGACCCGUGGGAUACGAUGACCUGGCUUUCGUCUUCGGCAAACCCCUACUUGGCGGGAGUUCAACGUCCGAUGAACGGAACCUCAGUCGCAGGACGAUAGAACUUUUCAGCAACUUUGCAAAGACUGGGUCCCUUCCGCAAGUCGAUGGUCAGUCCUGGCCUGAGUACACAAAGGCUAAUCGUAGCUCCGUGGAGAUCAAGCUCAACGGACUGCAGCAGAAGCAUCGCCUGCUGGAGUCCGAGUGCGAAAACAUACGCAAAUAUGUUUCCAACUGAAAUCCCCCCUAAUUUCUCCCAAUAUAUAUGCCCCAAAUGA